UCCUCUUCUUCUUCUUCCUCUCUCUCUCUCUUCCUAUUUCUUAGCGAGGAGAAGAGCGAGGUGGAAAGCUCCAUGGUUUUAAUACCUCAGCAAUGAAUUGCGGUCACCUCCCGAUGGACACGCGGCUUCUCCUGCUCCUCCUCUUUCUAUUCCUCCUUACUUUUUCGCCGGCGGCGGCGGAUCUCGCCGGUGAUGGAGCUUCCCUCAUGACCUUCCGCGCAGCCGUCGGUAGAUUUGUGCUCCCAUGGAACACCUCGGUCUCGCCGUGCAUGUGGCCUGGCGUUACCUGUGCCAGCAACCGCGUCGUCUCCCUCCGCCUCCCUGGCUCCGGCCUCAUUGGCCAAAUUCCCGAAGGAACUCUCGGCAACCUUUCCAACCUCCAGACUCUCUCGCUACGCUUCAACGCUCUUUCUGGUCCCUUACCAUCCGACCUCGCUAGAUGUAAGGAGCUACGAAAUUUAUACCUUCAGGGAAACCGCUUCUCCGGUGAGAUCCCAGCGUUUCUAUCCUCUCUGAGUAGCUUGGUACGGCUGAACCUAGCAGAAAACAACUUCUCCGGUGUGAUCCCGCUGGCAUUCAACAAUCUCACGCGGCUUGGGACGCUGUACCUUGAGAGCUUAAUCGUCACAGUCAUACCGCCAGCACUCGUGAUUUCAAUUUCCCAUCGACCACGCGAUUUCGUUUUACCAUCGACCACGCGAUCUGCUCGACGAGCUUGGAAGUCGAGUGGAGGGAUGUUUGAUCUCGAACCCGAUAAGCCGUUGAGCUCGGAAUCGUGUUUGAGCUCGACUUGUGAGCUUCAUAUGCAAGACUCGUCGAGCCUGUUAUCAAGCUCGAGCCAGCUCAUGAAUUGCACCCCUACUCUCUCCCCAUGA